AUGCAGACUAUAUACUACUCAUUCCAAUGGCCAUAUGAUUUAAUUCAACGGACACCUCAAACCGUAUCAGUAUUUGGCUCGUUUGAUAAUUGGACAAAGAAGCAUCCUAUGUCAUUAAAUGAAGAAGCCAGAAAAUAUGAAAUAGUGAUCCCUUUACAAUAUAAUACAGAACGAAUCUAUUUCAAAUACAUCGUCAAUGAAGAAUGGACCACAAAUGAUAUAUAUCCAUCAGAACAAGAUGAACAUGGAAAUAAGAAUAAUUAUAUCACUAAAGAACAAGCUUUACAAGAUGGUAAGACAAAGAAGAUUAAGGUAGCGCGCAAAUAUAGGAGAAAUAAAGAAACUGGUGAAAAGGUGCUAGUCUCCAAAGAACUUUUAGAAUUGGAUGCUAAUGAUAAAUUGGUGAGAGUUAUUGAAAGUAUCGAUUAUGCAAGUCGAGAUGCUAGUGAAAAUAACAGUAUGCAUGAAGAAGGAACGAUUACACCAGAUAUUAUUGAAGAGAUGAAGCCAUCAUUAUUUGAAAUAAAAGAGGAUAGCGACUCAACAGAUAAGAUAACAGACGAUUGUUAA